GGAUGAUGAAUUGAAGAGUUUUGCUUUGGUAGAGAUAGAGAAGUUAUUGCGCAAAAAUGGAAAAACUUUGAUGGAGUUCCCAUCCAUGCCACGUCCUGACAGGUCAUUGAUUUCUGAAUCACAGAAUAGACUUCUCCAUGAUGAGUUGAACUAUGAUAGACCAUCUCUGGCUGCAGAACAUUUGUAUCUAUUGUCAACCAUGACUGUUGAACAAAGGAAUAUAAAUGAGACCAUCAUGCAAUGUGUUACUGAAGAUCGUGGCGGUGUCUUUUUCCUGUAUGGAUAUGGCGGAACAGGUAAAACAUACAUAUGGAGGGCGAUAUCCGCAUGCAUAAGAUCCAAAGGUGAAAUUGUGCUGACAGUGGCAUCCAGUGCAAUAGCAUCGCUACUUAUUCCUGGUGGGCACACAGCUCAUUCCCGGUUUGCCAUUCCUAUCAACGUCAAUGAAGACUCUGAAGAAGU